AUGUCACUACGUCUUCCUCAAGCUCCAAAUGCUGGGCUUUUCAAACAAGGUUACUCAUCACAAAGUAAUGCUGAUGGUGCUGUGAAUAGAAAUAUCGCUGCGUGCAGAGAGAUCUCCAAGAUGGUUUUGACCUCUAUAGGUCCAUGUGGAAGAAACAAAGUUAUUGUUAAUCAUUUACAAAAAGUUUUCAUUACAAAUGAUGCUGCAACCAUGUUACGUGAACUUGAGGUUGUGCAUCCAGCUGUCAAAUUAUUAGUUAUGGCUUCAGAACAACAAGAACUAGAGAUGGGUGAUGGUACAAACCUUGUGCUAGUCUUAGCUGGUGAAUUCUUGAAUGUUGCAGAAAAGUUAUUAACAUUAGGUCUAAACCCAACUGAAAUUAUCCAAGGUUAUCAAUUGGCUAGUAAAUUUGCUUUAGAAGCACUUGAAGAAUUAUCAGUUAGUAAAGUUGAAGAUUUAUUAUCAGUUUCAGAAUUGAAAAAAGUUAUUAAACCAGUGAUAGCGUCCAAACAAUAUGGUUCAGAAGAUUUCAUUUCAGACCUUGUUAGUGAAGCUGUCUUGAACGUUUUACCACCAAAAAAUCCAAAAAAUUUCAAUGUUGAUAGUAUUAGAGUUGUUAAAAUUAUGGGUAGUAGUUUAGAAAAUUCAAAAGUUGUUAAAGGUAUGGUUUUCCCAACUGAACCUGAAGGUCAUAUUAAAAAUUUGAAAACCCAAUCAAAAGUUGUUGUUUUCACUGCUCCAUUUGAUGUUUCACAAACUGAAACCAAAGGUACCGUUUUAUUACAUAAUGCUCAAGAAAUGUUAGAUUUCUCAAAAGGUGAAGAAGCUCAAUUAGAUCAAUUAGUUAAAGAGAUUCAUGAUUCAGGUGUUAGAGUCGUUAUUGCAGGUUCAGGUGUUGGUGAAUUAGCGCAACAUUAUUUAGAUCGUUAUGGUAUUUUAACUUUGAAAGUUCCAAGUAAAUUUGACUUGAGAAGAGUAUGCAGAGUUUGUGGAGCUACUCCAUUACCAAGAUUAGGUGCCCCAAUGCCAGAAGAAAUGGGUACUGUUGAUAUUAUUGAAACUAAAGAAAUCGGUGGUGAUAGAGUUACUGUUUUCAGACAGGAAAAUGAUGUUACAAGAACCUCAACUAUUGUUAUCAGAGGUGCUACAAAGAAUAAUUUGGAUGAUAUUGAAAGAGCUAUUGAUGAUGGUGUCAGUGCUAUUAAAGGUUUAACUCAAGAUGGUAGAUUAUUACCAGGUGCUGGUGCAACUGAAGCUGAAUUAGUUAACCGUAUUACUCAAUACGGUGAAAAAACUCCAGGUCUUUUACAACUAGCUAUUAAACAAUAUGCAAAUGCUUUUGAAGUUAUCCCAAGAACUUUAGCUGAAACUGCAGGUCUUGAUCCUACUGAAGUUUUACCAAGAUUAUAUUCUAAACACAGUAAGCCAGAAGGUUUGUCAUUUGGUAUUGAUAUUGACGGUGAUUCUUCAAAUGGUGUCAAAGAUAUCCAUGAAGAAGGUAUUUAUGAUUUAUUAGCUUCAAAGAGAUUUGCCAUUGCAGCAGCUACUGAAGCUGCUUCAACUGUUUUAUCUGUUGAUCAAAUCAUCAUGGCUAAAAGAGCCGGUGGUCCUCAAGUUCCAAAGCAACCAAGACCUGGUAAUUGGGAUCAAGCAGAUUAA